AUGUGGGAGGUUGAAGAAGAUAUCGAACUUUCCCAACGUAUCAGUGUUUGUGUUAUUCGUCCAAAAAUUGGUGGCGGUGGCGAUGCUGGUGAUAUUGAUACAGAAGACAGCGAAUAUCAAUUAAUACAAUCUCAAAAACAUUCUACAUAUGCUGCAGCUGCUAAAUUAGUCUCUCCGGCUGGAUUGCUUUCACGAGAAGUAGCAGCAAGUGGUGACACGAAUAGAGACCCGGAAUUUGUUAAAUAUAAAAUAUACAAGAAAUCUCUGAAUUAUAAAACUACUACCAAUAUUUUGACAUGUGAUACAAAAACAUUUUCUUAUAAAAAAAUAAAAAUGAAUUUAAAUUAUUUUCAAGAUUCUAUAGAACAAGCUAAUUUGGUUAAUAAUAACAAUAAUAUUUUAGAAAUACAAGUUGAUCCUUGGAACACCAAUACUUCUUUAGACUUUAAAACUAUUAUUUUUCCAGAAAACAACAACAGUAACGACAGCAGUUUAUCAUCAUCAUUAACAAACGCUUCAAUAAAAUUUAAAAAAACCAGCUUUCCUCGUAAAUUACCUCUUACUCCAGCAACUGAACAUCCGCUUGAUCAACCCACAGAUUUACCAGCUGCUACAUUAAUAACAUUUUCAAAAAAAUUUAUUUUUAAUUCUAAUAAAGCUUAUUUACCUACUUAUUUAGAAGGUUAUGAUGAUAAUGAAGGAAAAUCGUCAUCAAUUGAUAAUAGUUUAGAAAAUAAACUGGUUGCCGUACAUAUUGUAAAACCUUCUGACACAUUGCCAGGUAUUGCAUUACUUUAUGGAAUUGAGCACUGA